GCAAUUUACCCAAUUUCUUCCGCCCUAUUUACCCAAUUUCUGUGCGCCCUAAUUGGGGGUUAGGAAUGCUUCCGCUCAAUGAAGCAGAUUGCAGCAAUUUUUGCUGAGGUAGAUGAAGGAUAAAUUGGUAAAAUCUAAUUUAGCAUUAAUUGAUGGAGCCAUGGAUACAACUAUAUCGCAGGGGUGGUGGGAGGUUAGAGAUAGCUCAAUAAAGUGGUUAACUAUCCCAAAAACUAAGACGGGUCAGGAUAGUUUUCCGGGUCAAAAAACUUUUUCCAAAAGUGAACCAAACAGAGGAAAAUGCAGGAAAACAUUCCACUAACCUAUUGUUUCAAGGCAACCAAUCGAACCCCUAUAAAACACAUGCUUACCUCCAUUUCAAAAUUCAUAAAAUUCAAAAUGCAUAAAUCACUAGGUUUUCUCCUUCUGUAUCUCUCCGUCUCCAGUCUAGCUUCAGAUCCAGACCCUGUCUUGGAUUUCUGCAUUCCAUCAUCGACUACCGCCUGCGAAAACCCGACGCUGGCGACGCCGGAUGACUUCGUGUUUACCGGCAUCAGAUCAGCCGGCAAUUUCUCGGACACGGGGCUAUCAUCCUCUCCAGUAAACCACGCCGUGUUCCCGGGGCUGAACACACUGGGAAUGUCGGCGGUGCGCGCGGAUCUGAAGCCCGGCGGGAUCAACCCGCCGCAUUUCCACCCUAGGGCGACGGAGAUGGUGUACGUGCUGCACGGGAAGGUGUACGCUGGGUUUGUGGACUCCACGAACCGCGUGUUCGCCAAGGUCAUCAAGCGGGGGGACGUGAUGGUGUUCCCGAGAGGACUGGUGCAUUUCCAGAUGAACGUUGGGAAAAGGCCUGCGACUGUAUUCGGAUGCUUCAACAGCCAGAAUCCGGGGACGCAGAAGAUUCCCAACGUUCUGUUUGGUUCGGGAAUCAACGAUGUGCUUCUGGAGAAGGCGUUUGGGUUGAGCAUUAAGCAGGUUAUAGAGAUGAGGAGGAGAUUCUUGCCUAAACCUCACCACUAGCUAGGGCUACCAAUCAUGCAUCGUUUGUCAAAUGCAAUUCUUCUAUUUGCUGUACAAUUCAUUAACACUCAACACGCAUUGGAUUUUGCUGAGCUA